CCUGGGUGGGGGGCUGGGAAGAAGUGAUUGAAGCAGACUGGCGUCAGGGUCCCAGAAAGACUGGACUGCUGGGGACAAAGGAGAGAGGUUUCCAGAAGGAAGUUUCCCUCACCAUGUCUACUUCAGACAAACAGAUGGCAGAUGCUGUGCAGCUGAAGGAGGAGGGGAAUAAAUAUUUUCAAAACCAGAAUUAUGAAGAGGCCUCCAAAAGCUACAGCCAGGCUUUAAGGCUGACCAAGGACAAAGCCCUGCUGGCUACUCUGUACCGUAACAGGGCAGCCUGUGGUCUGAAAAUGGAGAGCUACGCUCAAGCAGCAUCAGAUGCAUCCAAAGCCAUUGACAUUAAUGCUUCAGACAUCAAGGCCCUGUUCCGCAGAUGCCAGGCUCUGGAGCAGUUGGGUAAGUUGGACCAGGCCUUCAAGGAUGUGCAGCGCUGUGCUACACUUGAACCCCAAAACCGGAACUUCCAGGAGACUCUAAGACGCCUCAAUUCCAGCAUCCAUGAGAAGCUCCAUGUCCAGUUUUCCACGGAUUCCAGAGUACAGAAGAUGUUUGAAAUCUUAUUGGAUGAGAAUAGUGAGCCAGAAAAGCGUGAGAAGGCAGCCAACAAUCUCAUCGUCUUGGGCCGAGAAGAUGCUGGAGCUGAGAAAAUUUUCCAAAACAAUGGAGUGGCCCUCCUCUUGCAACUAUUGGACACCAAGAAACCAGAACUGGUGCUGGCUGCUAUCCGGACACUCUCGAGCAUGUGCGGUGGACAUCAGGCCAGGGCAAUGGCAAUCCUACACACGAUUCAAAUGAAUUGCAUCUGUGGCUGGAUGGCGGUGGAGGAGGAGGAGAUCUCUCGGGCGGUCUGCAACCUCCUUCAGACUAUCAUCGAUGCCUUGUCUGGGGAGGACAAGCGAGAGCAUCGUGGGAAGGAAGAGGCGCUGGUUCUUGACACCAAGAAGGACCUGAAGCUCAUUACUAGUCACCUCCUGGACAUGCUUGUCAAUAAGAAAGUAUCUGGCCAGGGCAGGGACCAGGCCCUGAACCUGCUCAACAAAAACAUCCCCAGGAAGGACCUGGCCGACCAUGACAAUUCCCGGACCAUCUAUGUGAUAGAGAACGGACUGAGAAAGAUCCUGAAGGUCGUGGGGCAGGUACCAGAGCAGCCCUCCUGCCUGCCACUGACUGAUAAUACACGCAUGCUGGCCUCCAUCCUUCUCAAUAAGCUCUAUGAUGAUCUCCGCUGUGACCCUGAGAGGGACCACUUCCGCAAGAUCUGUGAGGAGUACAUCACGGGCAAGUUUGAUCCCCAGAACAUGGACAAAAAUGUGCAUGCCAUCCAGACGGUGUCAGGGGUCCUUCAGGGGCCCUUUGACUUGGGGAACCAGUUACUGGGGAUGAAAGGCGUGAUGGAGAUGAUGGUGGCCCUUUGUGGUUCUGACCGGGAACAGGACCAGCUGGUGGCCGUGGAAGCCCUGAUUCAUGCUUCUACCAAGCUCAGCCGAGCUACCUUCAUCAUCACCAAUGGUGUGACCUUACUCAAAGAAAUUUACAAGACAACCAAAAAUGAGAGGAUUAAGAUUCGCACUUUGGUGGGUCUCUGUAAACUUGGUUCUGCAGGAGGCACCGACUAUGGCCUCAGACAAUUUGCUGAAGGGUCCACGGAGAAGCUUGCCAAACAGUGUCGGAAGUGGCUGUGUAAUGCAAACAUAGACGGGAGGACCAGACGCUGGGCAGUGGAAGGUCUAGCCUACCUUACGCUGGAUGCAGAUGUGAAAGAUGACUUUGUUCAGGACAUUCCUGCCCUACAGGCCAUGUUUGAGUUAGCAAAGACCAGUGACAAGACCAUCCUGUACUCUGUGGCCACCACCCUGGUGAAUUGUACCAACAGUUAUGACGUGAAAGAGGUCAUCCCCGAGCUGGUGCAGCUGGCCAAGUUCUCCAAGCAGCACGUGCCUGAGGAGCAUCCCAAGGACAAGAAGGAUUUUGUAGAAAAGCGAGUGAAGCGGCUGCUGAAGGCUGGUGUGAUCUCCACAUUAGCCUGCAUGGUAAAAGCUGAUAGCGCCAUCCUUACUGACCAGACCAAAGAGUUAUUGGCCAGGGUGUUCCUGGCACUGUGUGACAAUGCGAGGGAUCGGGGCACCAUUGUGGCUCAAGGUGGUGGCAAGGCUUUGAUACCACUGGCAAUUGAAGGCACUGAUGUGGGCAAGGUGAAGGCUGCCCAUGCUUUGGCGAAGAUUGCAGCUGUCUCCAAUCCUGACAUUGCUUUUCCAGGAGAAAGGGUGUAUGAGGUAGUACGUCCAUUGGUAAGGCUCCUAGACACACAGAGGGAUGGACUCCAGAAUUAUGAAGCCCUUCUGGGACUGACGAAUCUGUCAGGGAGAAGCGACAAACUCCGGCAGAAAAUCAUUAAGGAGAAGGCCCUGCCAGACAUUGAGAAUUACAUGUUUGAGAACCACGACCAGCUGCGGCAGGCAGCCACCGAGUGCAUGUGCAACAUGGUGGUCAACAAAGAGGUGCAGGAACGGUUCUUGGCUGAUGGCAAUGACCGACUGAAGCUGGUGGUACUACUGUGUGGAGAGGAUGAUGACAAAGUCCAGAACGCAGCAGCUGGGGCCCUGGCGAUGCUGACUGCCGCCCAUAAGAGGCUCUGCCACAAGAUGACCCAAGUGACAUCCCAGUGGCUGGAGAUUCUGCAGCGGCUCUGCCUUCAUGACCGCCUGUCAGUACAGCACCGGGGCAUCGUCAUUGCCUACAACCUGAUGGCAGCUGAUCAGGAGCUGGCCAAGAAACUGGUGCAAAGUGAACUGCUGGAGAUUCUGACCUUUGUGGGCAAGCAGGAGCCUGAUGAGAAGAGGAAACAGGUGGUAGAAGCUGCCAGGGACUGCCUCAUCAAGUGUAUGGACUAUGGCUUUAUUAAACCUUUCUCUUAGACCAGGGGCCAUGAGGAAGGGUGGUCCUUGGGGCCAUGUCCUGGGCAUGGGACUGAAUCAGGGGCCCUUGGAUCAGCUGGAAGUGGAGAGUGGAUUCCCUCCCAGAUCACCACCUAGAACUGACGAAUGAGAAAAUGGCAUCUUGGGUAUUCUGAUCUUUAUACCCUGCUGGCUUUUAUCAUGUGCCCCUAGAAGUCCUAGCUGACCCAAAGCUACCACCCCCUUCCCUGUCUCCUACCAUGGUGUCUGGAGGGUAUAUGGAAAGAUACCUUUUAUCUUAAAGGAGGCAGAGAGGAGUAAUUGGAGAAAAGCUAUAGGUUCUUCCAACUCCAGAGAUCAGAAAAUUGGUUGAGUUUCUUUUUUAUUUUCAAACGGAAUGUGUAAUGUUGAGUUGGCACAGAAUAUGAUAAAUUAGAUUAAAUAAAGAUGAAUGGUUUUGUUUUUGGACAAAAUGAAA